GAGUCAUAAGAACCUUUGCAGAACUGGCAAGACAGAGUAUAAAUUCAGCCUACCCUUCGUGUGAACUGCAGAAACCUUAGAGACACCCAGAGCAGCAGUCUUCCUCCCUGCACAAAACAAGGUUCAGAAUAAUGGAAGCUUUAAAUAAAGCAAACACAAACUUUGCUCUUGACUUUUUCAAACAUCAGUGUCAAGAAGAUGGCAACAAGAAUAUUUUGUUUGCCCCUUUGAGCAUUUCAUCUGUCCUGGCUACCGUGUAUUUGGGGGCGAAAGGUAACACUGCAGAUCAGAUGGCAAAGGUACUUCACUUUAAUGAAGUUGAAGGAGCCAGAAAUGUCACCACAACCAUAAGAAUGCAAGUCUUUUCCAGAACAGAAGAGCAUCUGUCAAAUCGACGUGCCUGUUUCCAGAAGACAGAAAUUGGCAAAUCAGGCAAUAUCCACACUGGGUUUAAAGCACUCAACUUGGAAAUCAACAAACCCACUAAAAAUUACCUGCUUAGAAGUGUCAACCAGUUAUAUGGAGAAAAAUCACUGCCUUUCAGUAAGGGAUACUUACAGUUAGCCAAGAAAUACUACAAUGCAGAGCCACAAGCAGUUGACUUUGUGGGAGCAGCAAACGAAAUCAGAAGAGAGAUCAACUCCAGGGUUGAAGAACAGACUGAAGGUAAAAUCCAAGACCUGUUGCCUCCUGGAUCCAUAGAUUCACUCACCAGGCUAGUCCUGGUAAAUGCACUCUACUUCAAAGGAACUUGGGCAACAAAGUUUGAAGCUGAAGCUACCAGGCAAAGGCCUUUCAGAAUAAACACGCAUACAACUAAACCAGUGCCAAUGAUGUUCCUGAGUGAUAAAUUUAAUUGGACCUACAUAGAAUCAGUCCAGACUGAUGUUGUUGAGCUUCCAUAUGUCAAUAACGACCUCAGCAUGUUUAUCCUCCUACCACGUGACAUCACCGGCCUACAAAAGCUAAUAAAAGAAUUGACUUUUGAAAAUUUGUCUGCAUGGACCAGCCCAGAAUUAAUGGAGAAAAUUAAAGUGGAGCUGUAUCUGCCCAGGUUCACGGUAGAAGAAAAAUAUAACCUCAGAUCUGCUUUGAGCAAGAUGGGGAUACAAGAUGCCUUCACUGAAGGUCAAGCUGAUUUCACAGGAAUGUCAGAGAAUGACAAUCUGGUUUUGUCACAAGUUUUUCACAAGUGUUAUGUGGAAGUCAAUGAAGAAGGUACAGAGGCAGCAGCUGCCAGUUCAGCAGCUCUGACAUCACGAAGCCUUGGUGCUGCUGUUAUUUUUGUAGCAGAUCACCCUUUCCUUUUCUUUAUCAGACACAACAGCACCAAGUGCAUCCUCUUCUUGGGAAGGUUCUGCUCCCCAUAAAAAACUGACUGUUACUAAACACAGCCUUGCAACAACAGUAACGAACACAAUACACACCAUGAAGAACUUCUUAAUAGUCUGCACACUUUACCAUUUUCCUGUACUGUUGACAAUCUCUGUUAGAAGAGAGCACAUAUUAAAAAUAACUUGAAUUCAA